AUGAGCAGCUUCAUCUCUUCGCUGCUGACUGACCUCGGACUUCUUACCCGCACACCUCCCCGCCACGCUCCACCGGAGUCGGAAUCUCCUCGAAGCGGACCAACAGAGUCAUCCUCACCCAGUAAUCUCAACGAACCCACCUUUCUUGACCAAAACUCCGACCGCGGAGGAACAGAAUCCAAUACCGGAGAUGCGGGGACUUUGCCCACCCCUCCUUUCUUUCCAAGCUUACCGAAAGACAUGGAUGGCCGCACUGCAGACCUGUCGGCCACUCGACCUGUGACGGACGAACUCAUACCCGGAGAACGAACCCAUGCAGCGAGCAGGACCACAUUAUUCAACAAUUCAACGGAUCAUCAACGUUUGUCUAUCCAAAAUGACGAGCCGACUGAUUUACCGAACGGGUCACCCGCUACCAACCCGAGGCCUGGACAAGAAACAAGGGACAACACUCAACAAAGCCCAAGCCCGACUUUUGAUACUGAUGAGCAGGAGAAAGUUUCAUUACCAGCGGAUGAUGGCAUGGGAUUGCUCAGGAACAAAAUCCAUGCCAUACGCGAUUUGGAUCUCGAUAACAAUGAAAAGGCACGAAGGGUGCAUUGCCUCAUGACAGAGAGCUAUAACUCCUCUCGACCAGUACCGCCAACUUCUCCAACAUUUAAUUCUCCUCGCCUGGAUGCGCCAGCAAGCCCACUUUCCCCCCGAAUAAAAUCACCAGACUCGAGCCCGGCGAGUCCGACACUCGCUGCGUCCAAUCCCCAAUAUGAAAGCCAGUUCAAUCUUACGGCCGAAGAUCUGCAGCCUACAUAUGCACCGAGAGCUGAGCCUGAAUCACCUGUGGUAGAGACAGGCGACGAGGACCCAGAUACGGAAGAGUUGGACGGGGUGCCAUUAGGUUGCCAGCACUAUAUUCGGAAUGUUAAACUCCAGUGCUUCACUUGUAAGAAAUGGUAUACUUGCCGUUUCUGCCAUGACGAGGUUGAAGACCAUCCUUUGGUUCGCCGAGAUACGCAAAAUAUGCUGUGUAUGCUGUGUGGCCAUCCUCAGCCUGCGGACCAGCACUGUAGGCAGUGUGGUGAACAGAGUGCGCAAUAUUAUUGUGAUAUUUGCAAACUCUGGGACAACGAUUGUGAGAAAAGUAUCUAUCACUGCAAUGAUUGUGGUAUAUGUCGGAUUGGCCAGGGGCUUGGGAAGGACUUCUUCCACUGCAAGACUUGCUGCGUCUGUCUGCCCAUUUCGAUCGAGGACACACAUCGGUGUAUUGAAAGAUCGACCCAAUGUGAUUGCCCCAUCUGUGGCGACUAUAUGUUCACCUCCCCAGAAACAGUGGUAGUGAUGCGAUGUGGCCAUAGCAUUCAUCAUAAAUGCCUAGGAGAAUACUCGAAAAGCUCUUUUCGCUGUCCAAUCUGUAACAAGACUAUCACCAACAUGGAAUCGACGUUCAGAAAUCUGGAUCGCACAAUCGAGAGCCAGCCCAUGCCUGACGAGUUCAAGGACACCAAAGGUCUCAUUUAUUGUAACGAUUGCAGCGCGAAAUCAGUCGUUCAAUACCACUGGCUUGGUUUGAAAUGUGAUUUGUGCGAGUCUUACAACACAGCGCAGAUACGAUUACUGCAUGGAGACGUAUCUGCGGUACUUGCGGACGAGGGUGUCAGUGAAUCCACCCCGCCACCGCGGACACGAUCAUCAUCCUUGAAUGCAAGUGAGGAGCCGACAACGUCAUUGAGAGCACUUCACCUCAACACGAACCCAGUAUCUGAGUCACGACUCAGUGUACCAACACCCAUUGGACUCGAGCAGCGCUUUGUUUCCUACAAUAUGACCCACGGCCGUGCGGUUUCCCCGGUUGUCAGUAACUAUUUUGGCCUCCCCCGGGAACGAGAAUCCGAGAAACCUUCAUCUUCGCCCUUCUUUGGAGGACCAUCGCGAACAGACAAUGAGACAGAUUAUGGUGCUUUCAAUUAUCUUAGCAAGAAGCUUCGAGAUCGCUAUGGAUUCCUCGCCGGCGAUACAUCAGCCGAGGGCCCCUCAGGAAUCGAUGAAGAGGAUGAGGCAGAAUCCUCGGACGGUUCGGCAUCAGAUGGUGAGGAGGAUGAAGAGGAGGAUGACGAGGAGGAGGAAGAUGAUGAGUAUAUGGACAUUUUCGGUCACCGAUAA